UUAAAAAUAUGAGCUUUGCUAAUUCAAUUCCAUCAAUUAUUCCGUCCUCAUCAACAUUAACAUCUCCAAUUAUAACAACUUGUGAAAAUAUUAAUGAGACAUCUCCUUACAAACAAGACAAUCAACAACAACAACAAAACAAUUUAAACCAGACUAGAAGUUCCCCAACAUCUGUGGGAACACCAAAAGAAACUUCUAAUGCUGGAAAGCAGCCGCCAUCAAAAAGUUAUUGUAUUUUGACUCCUUGUAGCAAUUCUCAUCCUUUUGAAGAGCGAAGAAUUCUUGUUGGACGAUCAGAAGAAAAUGCUGUUAAAAUUGGACGUUCUAUUGUUAGACUUCAACCAGCACAUAGUAAUGCGAUUUUUGAUUGUAAAGUGCUUUCAAGGAAUCAUGCAAUUCUUUGGAUGAAUGAUGACGUUCAUUUCUUUAUUAAAGACACACGAAGUUCAAAUGGCACUUUUAUAAAUAAUGAUCGAUUGAGUUCAAGUGGAGAAGAAAGUGAGCCAAGAGAGCUCUUUUCUGGUGACAUUCUUCAACUUGGAGUUGAAAUUGUGGAUAAUGCAAAGAAAGUCGCUAGUGGAUGUGUUACUUGUAUUGUACGUUUGACAAAUGAGAGAGGCGAAGAAUAUGUGGAUAGACCUCAAUUGGACUCUUUUGCCUUUCCCAUUCGAAAUGAAAAUCAAAUUCCAUUAAAUUACACUCUGGUUCGAAACGACAAAUUAUUUAUUUUUGAACAAUAUUUAAAAGAGGCAAAACACAGAGAGAACCUUCUCGGUCAAAAGCUUCAAACGAUCGAAGGUCAACUUUUAACUGCACAAGAAGAACUUCAGGCAAAAUGGGAUGAACAUAUCAACCAGGAACUUCUUCUUUCUCGUAUUGAACUUCUUGAAUCUCAAUUAUUAACUUAUCUUAAUGCUAAAAACGCUGUAUCACCCAAAAAUGCCCAAACUGCCUCUACUAACUGUGUAGAAAAAGAAGAGGAAGUGAAUCAAUUAAAACGAGAAAUUCGAGAAUUAAUUGAAGACAGAGCAAAGUCUGAACAAUUGGCCAAAGAGUCGAUUAGGAAGAAAUGCGAACAAAUUCAGGAAGCAACUAUGCGUUUGAAUGAUGUAGAAAUGGGUUUGGUAAAUGUGGAAGAGGAGUGCGGUUUUCUUCGACAGCGUUGUUCAGAUUAUGACUUGCAACUUAUCAAGCAAAGAGACAAUUAUGAUAUGCUUAUGGGAAAGUAUAAUGAGGUCUGUGCUCAACUAGUUACGGCAGAAAAGGCUGCUGCUAGUGCCGAAAAACCUCUUCAACCACCACCAUCACCUCCUCCCUUGGAGAAAGGUUUUUUGGUGGAGAAUGGUGGUGACGUUUCUACUUGUUCUUCAACUGAUACUAAAGAAGAGAAGGGGAGUCAGAAAACGGAUAAAAAUGCUGAAAAGAUGGAUAUAAGCGAUAAAGACCAUAAUAAACAGCAUGAAUCAAAUGUGGAAGAGGGGGAGAUUGUCAGUCCGUCUUUGGAAGAAGGGGAAAUUGUUAGUUUGACAAAGUCGACAUUUUAUAAUGAAGAAGAGCAAAAAAUGGCCAAUUACUUCCAUAAUUGUAAAGAACAGGAAUUACUUAAGAAAGUGGCUGAAUUGGAGUUACAACUUAAAGAACGUAAAAUUAAUGGGAAUAAUAAUAAUGAAGAGGAAAGGGCUUUGACUACAACAACGACACCUCAAUCUUCUGACGAUUUUCAGGUUAUUUUUAUAUUAAAACCUCGUUUUAGACCUCCCAAGGUCGUACAUUAUAAUGAGGGGUGCCUUAAAUUUGAGGUUUGGCUUAAGCAACUCCAAAGUCUAGCAAUCCAUGGGAGGAGGAGUAGGCUGUUACUAAAGACCUCAUUACACACCUCAUUUUACCCCCUCCUGAAACUCGACCCCUGGAUACACCUUUGAAGUCCGAUCAAAUUUAGAAAAAAGGUAUCUUAAAUAGAGGUGUACCCUAUAUUGGGCGUAUCUUAUUUGGAGUUC